GGCUCUGAUAACACGUUGUCCGAGUUUAAACCACAUGGCAACUCCUGCCGGGUCGCGGUCCUCAACGCAUAACACUUCGCGUAUGGAGGGCUUCCCGUUGCCCGUGGCUGGCAAACCGCGCGAGGACAGCACGACUAAGGAUCAGAUCACUACCGGAGAGCCGAAAAAGAAACCGUGCCGAGCUUGUACGGAUUUUAAAUCAUGGAUGAAGUUGCAGAAACAGACGUCCUCCGCUUCAGUGGCGCAGGAGAGCAGGGCGGCUGUCGAAUGCCCUCUGGACAGAGAGGAACUGGGCAGGAGCUCAUGGUCUUUUCUUCACACUAUGGCUGCGUAUUAUCCAGACGCACCGACCACAGAACAACAGGGGGAGAUGACACAGUUCAUCAACCUCUUCUCAAAGGUUUUCCCAUGUGAUGAAUGUGCAGAGGACCUGCGAUCAAGAUUGAAAACAAAUCAACCAGACGCUAGCAGCCGGCACAACCUCUCACAGUGGAUGUGUCGCCUCCAUAAUGACAUCAACAUCCGAUUAGGCAAGCCAGAGUUUGACUGCAGCAAGGUGGAUGAGCGAUGGCGAGAUGGCUGGAAAGAUGGAUCUUGUGACUAAAAACCUCCAACACAAUCAUGGACAUGAGCAAUAUGCAGCCAUACACUGAUUCUGUGGACCUGUCCUUUUCGUUGCAAGUGCCAUUCAGGAGCCAUGCAUAAACAUGAUACAUUUUGACUAUGCACUAAUUGAUGGAGUGACUGUAUUGUGCUUCUAAUCAAGAGCAUUGCUGUUUAUAAGAGUAUGGCAUUAUGGCCCAUGUUAUUUUGUAAUUAUUGAGCUCUCAGUGGAUGUGAACAGCCCAGAGGCAACUGGAUGAGCUUUGUUUAGAGCAGUGGUUCUCAGUAUUUCUAACUUCAAGUUGAACUCCCUCAUUGUAAAACAAUAACUGACUAUUCCUCUGCUAGAAUAUGUUAUUGACAGAAAUGUUGAGUGGCAAUUAAAGGAAUAGAUUAAGAAUGAAAGAUUGCUGAAAAUUCAUUUACCAUCAUGCUAUUCAAAAUAUAGCUGAGUUUGUUUCUUCAUUUGAAAAGAUUUAGAGAAAUUCAGCGUUAAAUUGGUUGCUCACCAAUAGAUCCUCUGCAGUGAAUGGGUGCCAUCAGAAGAAGAGUCCAAACAGCUGAUAAAAACACAAUAAUCCACACCACACCAGACUUUAAAUGAAUGUCUUGUGUACUAAAAAGAGGUGUGUCUGUAAUAAAUAAAUACACCAAGA